UAGGUAAAAUUUUUGAUGGAAAUCAGUCUCCCCCCUUCAUAACCCUCUCCAUAAUCCUCGUCAGGAAACACAUAACACUGAAACUCAAAACGACUGGGUUUCGCCAAUUAUGGCUGGAAAAAGAAGAAAAAAGACGAAGUUGCUGUCUGAAACAGGAAGAGGCAACAGACAAGUUUCAAAGGGGCAGAGAGAUGCGCAACUAACACAAUCGCAGCUCCCAACAGAGAUUUUGGAAGUUAUUUUUUCUAAGUUAAGCUUGAGGGACAAUAUUCGUGCUUCUGCUGUUUGCAGAGAAUGGCUAGCUAUUGCUGUUUCUGUCAGAAUGGCCAAUAAGCCUCCAUGGCUUAUGUUCUUCCCAAAAUACGGAAACUUGUACGAGUUCUAUGACCUUUCUCAGCGCAAAACAUAUUGGCUUGAGUUGCCAGAGCUAGAUGGUUCUAGGGUUUGCUGUGCCAAGGAUGGUUGGUUGCUGCUAUACAAACCUAGAACGCAGUCCAUAUUUUUCUGUUGCCCUUACACGCGGGAAUUUAUCAAUUUGCCUAAGCUAGAAUUAAUGUACCAGAUAAUUACUUUCUCUGCUGCUCCAACAUCUCCUAGCUGUAUCCUUUUCACAAUUAAGCAUGUCAGCCCCACCAUAGUCGAGGUUAGCACGUGUCGUCCUGGGAAAACUGAAUGGACCACUGUGAACUGCCAAAACCGUCUACCAUUUGUUAGCAGCAUUUGGAAUAAGCUAGUUUACUGCCAGGGUCUUUUCUACUGUUUGAGUCUCACUGGAUGGCUUGGGGUUUAUGACCCUGAAAAAAGCACUUGGGCUGUUCAUUCUGUGCCACCUCCUAAAUGCCUAGAGAAUUUCUCUGUCAAGAAUUGGUGGAAAGGCAAAUUUAUGGCAGAGCAUAAUGGAGAUAUUUUUGUCAUAUACACUUGCGCUGCAACAAACCCCGUGAUUUAUAAGUUGGACCAGACAAAUAAAGUAUGGGUUAAGAUGCGAACUUUGGGAGGCAUGGCACUAUUUGCUAACUUUUUGUCUUCCCAUGCUAGGACAGAUCUUCUUGGAACAAUGACAAACAAUGUCUACUUUUCAAAGGUUCGAUUUUAUGGAAAACGGUGUGUUUCAUAUUCACUCAACAAUGGGAGGUACUAUCCGCGGAAGCAACAUUAUGAUUGGGGGGAACAAGAUCCUUAUGAGAGUGUUUGGAUCGAACCGCCUGAAGACCUCUCAACAUUUCUUUAAUGGUAGCAGUUAUAGCGUUCAAAGUAAGUUAUCCCUCAUGUAGUUCGCCUAUUUUAAUAUCAUUUAUUCUAAUUUAUUCCAUAAUGUAAUCAGUAUGUAGACUACAGCUACAUUUUGAAAUAUUGCUGUAAUAGUACAUGAUUCUGAGCCGUGACAUUAGAGAAUUACUCCAUAUUUUCUUCAUUAAAAGAUUUUUCUGCUUUUUCUGUUGCACCA